AUGUACUCUUGGAAGCUCUCCAAAUUCAAGUUUGGUCGCUCGAAGGAGCCGAAAGAUACGGACAAAGAUCGAGAACGUGAGAAGGAACAGAAGGAAAAGGAGAAACAUGGAGCAUUCGGAUUGAAGGGAACCCAAAAGAUUCAAACGCAGUACGCGGAAUCACCCCGCAAAUCAUUGGAUCGGAAAGAAACGAUCGUCGCGUCUCCUUCGUCGAUAGCUCCAGUGAGACUUUCGACAGAAAUACACAAGAGUACGACGAAUUCGUCAGCGUCGACUUUUAAAGAGAGCGGCACUGACAUCGAACCUAGUGAAGAGCAAGCCAGUAAUACCAGUUCUAUCUCGACGAGGACCAGGGCUGUGAAACUGUCUGGUAUCAUGACUAUCAAAGUUUACGGAGGCGACGAUUUCCGGCUUCCAUUCCCAAUAACUUCGAAUGGCCAAAUUUUGACCAAACUCUUGAGUUCUGGAGUCACGAAUAAAGCAGCUAACGACGUCAAUCUGGAAGAACUAGUAUCGUCAUUGUCUCAAAUUGGGCUCAGCGACAGCCAGGACGACGACAAUUUGAUAGAUGGAGACGUCGCGACGCAUUACAUUCCUUCAACUAUUACACUUCCCGGAUCGCCAGACCUAAAUCCGCUCCUGUAUUUUACGAUCGAAUUCGACAACACGGUUGCGACAAUCGAACCUGAAUCGGGUACAAUUUGCAAACCGACGCUCAACAAAAUCUCAACUUUCGAUGUGACUCGCAAAUUACCGUUUUUAAAAAUCGAGGCAUUUGCGCGAAUUCCGUCCAUACUUCUGCCUUCCAAGACGUGGCAGCAAUUGCACUCGUCAGACCCGCAAUUGGCCAUUCUUUUGGACAAGAUCAACUCUAAUCAGGAUAUCCAGUUGGGAUCUUGUAGUUUACCACUGAAGCUCGAUUUUGACUCUGCGACAAGUUUCCGCCUGUACAAUCACCAAUGGAUUGAGUUCGAUCACGACUGUGGUAAACUGAAUGUCACGGUUGAUUUUAAGCCAGCAACGAACAGGGCCUUGACCAUCGACGAUUUCGAUUUACUCAAAGUGAUUGGCAAAGGGUCGUUCGGUAAAGUCAUGCAAGUCAGGAAAAAGGACACCAGCAAAGUUUACGCGCUCAAGGCCAUUCGAAAAUCAUAUAUUGUUUCAAAAUCAGAAGUGACACACACACUAGCGGAACGAACCGUUCUUGCUCGAGUCGAAAACCCCUUUAUUGUACCGCUCAAAUUUUCAUUCCAAUCCCCCGAUAAAUUGUACUUGGUUUUAGCAUUCAUCAACGGUGGAGAGUUGUUCUAUCAUCUACAGCGAGAGGGUAGAUUUAAUUUAUCACGCGCGCGGUUCUACGCCGCCGAACUUCUGUGUGCUCUAGAGACCCUGCAUAGUCUCAACGUGAUUUACCGUGAUCUCAAACCGGAAAAUAUUCUGCUCGAUUAUCAGGGUCAUAUCGCGCUGUGCGAUUUCGGGUUGUGCAAACUCGAUAUGAAGGGUCAGGAUAAAACCAAUACUUUUUGUGGAACACCCGAAUAUUUGGCUCCUGAGCUCCUGCUGGGACAAGGUUACUCUAAAGUGGUCGAUUGGUGGACGCUGGGCGUUUUGUUGUACGAAAUGCUAACAGGUCUUCCCCCCUACUACGACGAAAACGUCCCCAAAAUGUACAAGAAGAUUUUACAAGAACCUUUACGUUUUCCAGAUGGUUUCGAUAACGACGCAAAGGAUCUUCUCAUUGGUCUACUGAGCCGUGACCCGAAGAGAAGAUUAGGAUACCGCGGUGCCGACGUGAUCAAAUCCCAUGCAUUUUUCAGUCAACUAAGCUGGAAACGUCUGUGGGUCAAAGGUUAUAUUCCGCCUUACAAGCCUCCUGUCUUGAAUUCUCUCGAUACCAGCAAUUUUGAUCAAGAAUUUACACGUGAGCUGCCUGUUGACAGUGUUGUCAACGAUUUUCUCACUGAAAGCGUUCAGCAACAAUUCGGUGGUUGGACUUACGUGGGUUCAGAACAACUCGGAAGCUCUAUGGCCCCCGGCAGAAGCAUUAAAUAG